AUGCAUAGCCUUGGGAGUGCAAAUGGUUCAGGCUUCACCUUCAUGUCAGAUAGGCAGAAGGGACUGGUUGAAGCUCUAUCUGAAGUUGUGCCAAAUGCAGAGACAAGGUUUUGUGUUAGGCACAUUUGGGAAAAUUUCAAGCUGAAGUUCACUGGAUCAAUUUUCAAAGAGCUCUUUUGGAGUGCUGCAAGAGCAACAACACUUAUACUAAUGCAACAGAUUAGGGAGCUUGAUGAGGAGGCUUAUGGUUACUUGGAUAAUAUCCCCACUCAUCACUGGUGUAGACAUGCAUUUAGUGACAGUUGCAGGUCCAACAUGUUACUAAACAACAUGUGUGAGACUUUCAACUCAAUUAUUAGAGAUGUAAGAGACAAACCUAUCCUCACCCAAAUGGAAUGGAUGAGGAGGAAUUGCAUUGUUCAAGCUGCCAGGGAUGACACUUUUGAAGUGCAGCUUAAUGAUGACCAGGCUCUAGUUGACUUAGGAAAUGGGACUUGUUCCUGCGGUCAUUGGCAAUUGACAGGCAUCCCAUGUGUUCAUGCCUUUGUAUGUAUAAUGGAUCAAAGAAUUGAUGCUGAGCAGUAUGUCCACCCUUAUUACAGUAUGGACAGUUAUAGAGCAGCAUAUGAGCCUGCAAUUCAACCAAUGUCAGGCCCAAAGCACUGGGAGAGAGUGAACAUGAGAGAGCCUCAGCCACCAGCCUUCAAAGUGCAGCCUGGAAGACCAAAAUAG